UCGGCUUUCCGUGUGUUAUCUGUCGUUUUGUCUUUCGAAGGAAUUUUUUUUUUUAAUGCCGCGCCAAACCCAAUUUAAGAAGUAAUUUCUUUCUUUGUUGAGAGCCCUUUUUAGGUGCCGGGAAUAUGUAGCUGGAAGUUAGGAAUCCAAUUAUUUCUGCAGCGACAGAUAACGUCACACCAAGAGACUUUGUGUAAUGGUUCCCCCUUAUCUUCCAGCGCCAGAACAGGCUGCUAGCAAAGCUCUGUCUGAAACCAAAAGCGGGUUCCGGUUGUUGCCUAAUUUACCAGCGAACUCGGAACAUGUUGAUUGUUUGAGCUAUUUGUUUGUCUCACAUUUUUCGUCUGGUAAACACUAAAUGUGACAAUUUUCCCAAGAAGUCUGGCGAGGGGUUAAAAUCAAAGACAAGAGAAACAGAACAAAACGCACUUUCCUAACUGAUGAUGGUGACGGUUUGUGUUUUCUGUCAUCAUGUGUAGUGAUUCACCUCCACGUGAGGACCUGAGAAGCAGCAGUGACUCAGACGAGGAGCUGCCUGUGUUUGAUUUCCUCCAGCCUCAUCCAAGCACCGAUAUUGCCUCCCAGAGAGCCCCACAGAAACCAGAAGUGAACAACUUCAAUGGCAAAGCUGCUGCCUUCUCCGGUUCGGUUCUCGGUAACUGUGGAUCGGCUGAUGUCAUGACGAUCAGCAGCGAUUCUGAUGACGACGUGCCGUACGUCCCCCUGGCACAAAGGCUGAAACUGAGACAGGACAGCGCUGUCCUCACCGAAAGAAAUCAAAAAGGCUCUGCAGAGUCCAUGCACCUCCUCACAUUGCACAAGGAGAGAAGGUCGACCCCAGAGGAAGCGGAUGCCCUCCCCCUGAGGCAUCUCUCCGCAUCCGAGACCGGAGACGCGUCUCCCACCGGGACGAAAGCCACAAAAAGGUCGGCGAAGGAGAUCCGGGCCUCCAGGGAGGAUGCUCUGAGGAGACAGCAGGCCAGAGAGAGACAGCAGCAGGACAGGGAGGCGCUCAAGCAGGAACAAGAGAGGCAGAAAGCGGAGAGAAGAGCUCUGGCUGAGGCUGCCAAAGCCCUGAGGCCAGAGGAGUGCAUCAAGCAUAUGGUUGUAGCUGUUGAUCCAGCUCUGUUGCAGCUGGAGGGAGGGGGAACUCUGCUGGCGUCUGUGCAGGCUCUGGGUUGUAGCUGCGCCAUAGAGAAACAGCCGGUGCCCCGCAGCGUGACCUGGGCCAGGCAGGCUCCAAGCGCACAGGUUCACAAAACGACCCCCAGUCUAAACGAUGCGUCGCGUGCUCCAGAGCCCCACGUUGUGAUGCAGAUGACGGUGGAGGACUUCGUCACUCUGAUUCACAACUACAUACGAGAGGAGAGGCACAGCGGGUCAGCCUGCAGUCCCACCCUCACAUCGUGGGUCCAGGAGCAGCAGAGGCGGCACCCCGACAAACGGCUCAGCCUGGCAGUCAUCGGGCUGGAGAGCUAUUUCAGGGCCCGAAAGUCUCAGAGCCAGAAGAGGCUCAGAGCGGCCGUGGCUGGGGAAGAGGCAGGAGGAGGAAAAGAGAAGAAGAAACAAAGGAACAGUCAAGCCGAGAAACUGCCGGAGGUGUCCAGAGUUGAAGUGGAGGAGGCAGCGGUCCACCUCCAGCUUCACACCGGGGUCUCCGUCCACUUCUUCUCUACCUGGAAGGAAUUCUCCGACCACAUCACCAUGACGACCAGAGCGGUGGCCGAGGCCCCUUUCAAGCGAGCGCGAGAGCAGACCGGCUUCUCCUUUUACCUGGAGAGCGAGUGGGCGGGAGGCCAGCGGGUGGACAAAGCUGGGAAGGGCCUGCUGGAGGCGUGGAAGAGACAGAUCCAGCAGUUCAACAGAGUGAGCUCAGACGUGGCGGCUGCCAUCUUGGCAGCUUAUCCUUCCCCGCAGCUGCUCAAGAAGGCUUACAGCCAGUGCAGGACCGAGAACGAGAAGCUCUCUCUUCUGUCUGACCUUCUGAUCCGCAGAGGAGAAGGCGUCACCUCCACAACCCGACGGGUCGGUCCAGAGCUCUCCAAACGUCUUUUCCUCCUGAUGCAUUCCCGUGAUCCCGAGCAGAAUCUGGACGCCAGCCUUUAAACUCUUUAAACCGAAACUUUGCCGUAACCCAAAUCAAUAGUUUGAGGUCCGACUAGUUGAUCUACUCUUGCAGAUUUUGAUGCUGUGCAAUAAAGUUUUUA